CGCGGGGCGGGGAGGAGGCGCGGCGGCCGUUGCGGGCCGGCCGGCGGGGCUGAGGCCGAGACGAGCCCAGCCGAGCCGGGCCCGCGCACCAGUCGGCGCCCACCAUGCGGCGGCUGCGGCGCCUGGCGCACCUGGUGCUCUUCUGCCCCUUCUCCAAGGGCCUGCAGGGCCGGCUCCCGGGCCUCAAGGUCAAGUAUGUCUUCCUGGUCUGGCUGGGCGUCUUUGUGGGCAGCUGGAUGGCAUACGUGCACUACUCGUCCUAUGCGGAGCUCUGCCGCGGGCACAUCUGCCAGGUGGUCAUCUGUGACCAGUACCGCAAAGGCAUCAUCUCAGGCUCCAUCUGCCAGGACCUGUGCAACCUGCACAGGGUGGAGUGGAGGACCUGCCUCUCCUCCGACCCGGGCCAGCAGGUGUACAGCGGGCUCUGGCAGGGCAAGGAGGUGACCAUCAAGUGUGGCAUUGAGGAGAGCCUGCACUCGAAGGCUGGGUCGGACGUGGCGCCCCGGCGGGAGCUGGUGCUGUUCAACAAGCCCACUCGGGGCACCUCGAUCAAGGAGUUCCGGGAGAUGACCCUCAGCUUUCUCAAGGCAAACCUGGGAGACCUGCCCUCCCUGCCCGCGCUGGUCGGACAGGUCCUGCUCAUGGCCGACUUCAACAAGGACAACAGGGUGUCCCUGGCCGAGGCCAAGUCGGUGUGGGCCCUGCUGCAGCGGAACGAGUUCCUGCUGCUGCUGUCCCUGCAGGAAAAGGAGCACGCCUCACGGCUGCUGGGCUACUGCGGGGACCUCUACGUCACCGAGGGCGUCCCGCACAGCUCCUGGCCCGCGGCUGCGCUCCCGCCCCUGCUGCGCCCGCUGCUGCCCCCCGCCCUGCACCCAGCCCUGCAGCGGUGGCUGGGGCCCGCGUGGCCCUGGCGCGCCAAGAUCGCCAUUGGCCUGCUGGAGUUCGUGGAGGAGCUCUUCCACGGCUCCUAUGGGACCUUCUACAUGUGUGAGACCACGCUGGCCAACGUGGGCUACACCGCCAAGUACGACUUCAAGAUGGCGGACCUGCAGCAGGUGGCGCCCGAGGCCGCCGUGCGCCGCUUCCUGCGGGGCCGCCACUGUGAGCGCAGCGCCGACUGCACCUACGGCCGGGACUGCCGGGCGCCCUGCGACACGCUCAUGAGGCAGUGCAAGGGCGACCUGGUGCAGCCCAACCUGGCCAAGGUGUGCGAGCUGCUGCGGGACUACCUGCUGCCCGGCGCCCCCGCCGACCUGCGCGAGGAGCUGGGCGAGCAGCUGCGCACGUGCACCACGCUGAGCGGGCUGGCCAGCCAGGUGGAGGCGCACCACUCGCUGGUGCUAAGCCACCUCAAGACCCUGCUCUGGAAGAAGAUCUCCAACACCAAGUACACCUGACCUGCCGCCCCCCCCCCAACCUCCCCGGGCAGAGGACAGGGCUGCCCCCUCCCCCCGGACUUUCUGGGGUCCCGGCAUCCGGACCACCCGGACGGGAGCGGCUGGAACAGGAGGGAAGGAUCCGCUGGUCGAGGGACCUGCCAAGGCCAAACCAGGUUUUGUUACUUUGAGGAACAUGUGAUGUAAAUAGCUUUUCUGUGAGUACAGUCCCCUUGGCCCACUCUGGACCCCUGCCCCCAAGUGGCUGGAGGCCUGGGGUGGGGGUGACCCCUCUCCUCCCUGCAGCUCGUCGUGGGGUUACGACUGGACAAAGCGGGAGGCGGUGGGUGAGACGCUGAGCUUUUGGUCUCACUGCCCCGACCUGGAUCAUGGCGGGGUUCGGGGAGAUGUGACUUACACAAUUAUUUCUAAGAACUUCAACAUUAAAAACUUUUUCCUACAA